AUGUAUCAUGCCAUUAAAGAAUGGGGUGGAACUCCUUUUGGCUUUAUUGAUGAUGUGACUAUUACCGUUGAAGAUGAAAAAGUGCAACUUACUUUACCUAAUGGAGAACUUCGUGAACCCCAGAAGAAGGUUAAAUUGCUUGGAAUUACUUUGAACAAUCUGCUUGAUUUUAAAUCUCAUAUUUUGAAUAAAAUCAAUAAAGCAAGAAAAGCUGUUGGUGCUAUUUGGCAUCUUGGAGGCGUGCAAAAGAGGGUUGAACCUCUUACACUGAAACAACAACAGAAUCAGACGAUUGGAAUUUUGAAGAAACAAGCAAUGGAAGAAUGGCAGGAAAUGUAUUGGAAUAGCAGUAAGGAUCUGUGGUAUCAUAAUAUCACAGUGGAGUCGAAAUGUACUGAUAAUCUUUCUAAAAUGGUUACAGGGAGUGAUCAUGAAGAAAGAUAG